AUGGAAUUUGUGAACAGCUCUACAUCGAGAUAUGAGUGUCUCCUCUUUGAUUUGGAUGAUACUCUUUAUCCUUUGAGCCCUGGUCUACCUGAAGCAUGCGCCAACAAUUGUGCAGAAUUCGUAGUUCAGAAGCGUGUAGUAGAUGUAGACGAAGUCGUUGAAGUAGACCUACUACUCAAAGAAAAUUAUGGAACUUCAAUGGCUGGAACUUCAAUGGCAAAUCAUGAAUUCGACAAUGAUAUGUUCCACAACUAUGUUCGUAAGAGAUUAUACUAUGAAAAUCUUAAACCGGACCCGAUCCUAAGAAAUCUCCUCCUUAGUCUACCUUAUCGAAAACUGGUGUUCUCGAAUGGAGAUGAAAUUCAUGUGACGAAAGCUCUAACAAGACGUUGGUGUAGGAUCUCAUCCUUCGAGUCCGGCCUACAAAAUCUCAAUAAAAGCAUAGAAAAGCCUAUCUUGAAAUGGCUGAUAAAGGGAAAUAUUCUUUAUGGGCCUCGUAAUUAG